AUGGCGAUGGGAUGUGAAGCCACAGUUGAAACUGCCUUUGAGGAGGAAGACAAUUUUGGACCGCAGCCUCUCUGCAGGCUUGAGCAAUGUGGAAUAGGUGCAAGUGACAUCAAGAAACUGGUGGACGCAGGUUACCACACCAUCGAGGCAGUGGCCUAUGCCCCGAAGAAGGAGCUGCUUAACAUUAAAGGCAUCAGUGAAGCAAAAGCUGAUAAACUCAUUACUGAAUCUGCCAAGCUUGUGCCUAUGGGCUUUACGACAGCUACUGAAUUUCACCAGAGGAGAGCAGAAAUCAUUCAAAUCUCGACAGGUUCCAAGGAAUUGGACAAACUCCUACAUGGUGGGAUUGAGACCGGUUCCAUCACAGAGAUGUUUGGGGAGUUUCGGACUGGGAAGACACAGCUGUGCCAUACGCUUGCUGUCACAUGUCAGCUUCCAAUGGAUCAGGGGGGUGGCGAAGGUAAAGCCAUGUACAUUGACACAGAGGGAACCUUCAGACCAGAGAGACUCCUGACUGUAGCCGAAAGGUAUGGGCUGGUUGGCAGUGAUGUGCUGGACAACGUGGCCUAUGCUCGAGCUUUCAACACAGAUCAUCAGACGCAGUUGCUGUACCAGGCAUCUGCCAUGAUGGUUGAAUCCAGAUAUGCCCUGCUGAUAGUGGACAGUGCCACAGCUUUGUAUAGAACUGACUACUCAGGCCGAGGUGAGCUGUCAGCCAGACAAGGACAUUUGGGACGCUUCCUUCGCAUGCUACUCAGGCUGGCUGAUGAGUUUGGCGUAGCAGUGGUAAUAACCAACCAAGUGGUUGCACAGGUGGAUGGUGCUGCCAUGUUCUCCACUGAUCCAAAGAAACCAAUUGGCGGCCACAUUCUAGCUCAUGCAUCCACUACACGCCUAUAUCUGAGAAAAGGCAGAGGAGAAACGAGGAUCUGUAAAAUCUACGACUCACCUUGCCUGCCAGAGGAGGAAGCCAUGUUUGCCAUUAACGCUGAUGGUGUGGGAGAUGCCAAAGACUAA